ACGUUUCACUUGUCAAAAGUUUUUCUGACCCAGCUGCAGUUUGCAGUAGUCUUGUGGUGUAAUGUAAAGUUUUAGGUCUUUUUCUGAAACAGAACUAUUGCAGGCAGUCGCUUAGAUCUUGCUUUUAUCACACCUAACGCUUCUGUUUUUGGAAAUGCCGUCUUCCCGCUCAUUACCCGCCGAAACCGAUAAGGCUAUUUUGAGCACUUAUCUCUCUUUGCCACAAGGAGACAAAGUUACUGCAUGUUACAUAUGGAUUGACGGGACCCAUGAAAAUCUGCGGUGUAAAUCCAGGACGCUGGACUCAGAGCCGAAAAGCCCAGAAGAUCUUCCCAUCUGGAACUACGAUGGUUCAAGUACUUACCAGGCCGAAGGAAGCAACAGCGACGUCUAUUUACACCCUGUAGCAUUGUACCCGGAUCCAUUCACCGGUGGCAAGAACAAGCUCGUGCUGUGCGAAACGUACAAAUACAACAAAAAGCCAACAGAAAGUAAUAAGCGCCGAGCAUGUGCCGAAGUGAUGACUCAGGCUAAAGAUUUUGAGCCAUGGUUUGGCAUUGAGCAGGAAUACUCGCUUCUGGACGUUGACGGUCGUCCGUUCGGUUGGCCCAAAAAUGGAUUUCCGGGACCACAAGGUCCGUACUACUGCGCAGUUGGAACGGAUAAAGUCUACGGCCGUGACAUCAUGGAAGCCCAUUACCGGGCUUGUUUAUACGCUGGAAUCAAAAUUGCAGGCACCAACGCUGAGGUAAUGCCGGCUCAGUGGGAAUUCCAAAUUGGACCUUGUGAAGGUAUUUCGGCGGGAGAUGAAUUGUGGAUGUCACGAUACAUCUUGCACCGUGUGGCGGAAGAUUUCGGAGUUGUAGUGUCCUUCGACCCGAAACCGGUGCCGGGCGACUGGAAUGGUGCUGGUGCUCACACGAAUUUCAGCACGAAAGCCAUGCGAACUCCAGGAAAAGGCUUGCAGGCCAUUGAAGAUGCCAUUGAAAAGAUGGGCAAAGUCCACGCUAAUCACAUUCGUAAUUAUGACCCAAAAGGAGGCCAAGACAAUCAGCGUCGCUUGACUGGACGUCAUGAAACGUCCAGCAUCCAUGACUUUUCCGCGGGUGUAGCCAACAGAGGAUGCAGCAUCCGAAUUCCGCGUCAGGUUGCCGAAGAUGGGCACGGUUAUCUGGAAGAUCGUCGACCGGCAUCCAACUGUGACCCUUACUCUGUAACGGAAAUUAUCGUUCGCACUACUUGCCUGGAUCAGACUGUGGAAUAGAAAUCAGCAGGUCAACUUGGAACCAGGGCAUGCCUCUUAGCGAUUUUGAUAACAUGACAUAUUUUAUUUCUGUUGUCUGAUAGAUUAGUCAGUUUUCUGAUAGCAAUGUUUAUGUGUCGUUUUGCAGCAUUGCCGAACCGAAUCUUUUACCGCUUUUAUUUUAAAAGAUUUGCAAUCCAUCCAUUUUUCAGUUUUAGCGUAGACUUGAAGUAUACAUUUUAUUUUGGAAGAUGUUUUAAUGGGGAAUUACGCUGUUUCCUAUUCCUUGCCAUAAGCCAUGUCAGUUGCACGACUUCGUCUUGCAAUACCUGAAAUGAAGUUUUGCCAGUUU